GACGUGUUCGCAUGUUGCUCCGUGUUAAGAGAAUCAGAAGGACAGCUGAGACGCCGAAGAAAACCCAGCCUUACAGAAGAGUGACUGAUGUCCAUAGCCUGAUUGCAUGGUUACUUGGUGUCCUCUGAACUAUCAGAUCCCUCCGAAGAAUACUUAUUUUAUAAUAUUAAAAUAGUUUGAUAUUGUAAAAAUGGCGUCUGACGAGCAGCCGAUUAAACAGUCGGAUGUGGCACUCGCUGUCCCUCAGGGGCUCGCAAUGGAGGACCGUGAUCCCGAUGACAUCAAUAGUCAUGUAAAGGUGUCUUGGCAUGAAAUAUUCGCCGAGCCAGACGGUAUUCACAGUCAGGAGCAGACUUGGAUCAAGAGCUACAACACCUACAACUGGAGCAAAAAUUGUUGCUACUCGUGUUGCAGCACUGUAUGCAGUAUUCCAGCAGCUUUCUGCUGGGGUGUUUACUUCGCUAUCCUAUCCUUCUGCCACAUUUGGUGUGUUGUUCCAUGUAUCAAGGCUUACAUGAUCAAGCUAGUGUGUGCCACCAGGAGCUACGCCAUCUGCAUCAAAGCAUUCUGUGAUCCCUGCUACGAGAGUGUUGCUCUCAUGUUCUCUCGUAUUAAGGUCAUAUUUGUGCCUACUACACCGGAAGUCGCCGCAGAGAUCAGUUACGCUUAAGACCUUUUUCCACUGCCAUAAAAGUUAUCAUCAAUCCACUGGAAACAUUUUUUCGUUUACUUUUUCAAAGUUAAGCCAUAGUCAGUUUUUAGAUACGAAACAGAAAAUCAUUCCACAAGUGUCAAUAGUGAUAUGAUCCUUGAAAACUCUAUUAGUUUGGAUAAAAAUGAUAAAAUGAUAUUUGUGGCAGUGGAAACAAUGUUUUUGUAGUUCAGACAAUGAAACAAGCUCGGACUAAAUCCUAGUAUAUAUAUUAUACAGCCAUUUGUAAAAGAUCUUGGUUAAAGAAAGACAAGUCCAGAUGUAUAAAGGUGAAGAUUCACACCAUAGAGAUAAACAUAAAAAAUAAAAUUUAGAUGGUACACCAUUUGGAGAAUCCAGGAUUUUGUAUAAAUUGGGGCACAAGUCCGAGAAGAAAAAAUAACAUUUUCAUUAAAAACAGGCAAAGUAGUGCUACAUCAGUCGUACAAAUUACACUUUCAUUAGAUCACUGAAUAAAUCCUUGAACUCUGUAUUUAUCAUUUUUUGUAACAAUAUACAUAAACAACAUAUUCCGAAUUCAAAUCUCAUUCAUGUUUUACCAUGUAAAAAUAUUAAUUAAUGUAGAAAAAGAAUAGAUUACGGAAGUGUCUAAUUUUCUGAUAUAGUUCGCAUCGUGUAUACUAAGUGUUUGCUGUGAAUCUUUAAACAAAUAAUUAUUAUGGUACAGUUAUAGUUAUAAUAUAUUGAACAACAUAAGUGUGUACAUAACACCAACAGCAUUAAUAGUAUUAAAACAGGGUAAAUGUAUUAAAUAUUCAUUUAUUUGUAUAGAGAUUAA